GAUGACGUCAGGUGACACCGUCCACAGAAGCUAUAUAAGGCCGAAUACCUUGGGCUGCGUUAUUCCUCAAGACUAAAUUGAGAAUCAAGACACUUGGAUUUUUCGGAAUCCAUGGAGCUGACAAUGACACGUUUCAAGAUGUUCGCUUUAGUAGUACUGACUAUUACAGUUUCAGUAACAAACGGUCAGUACUUUAGACAGGCUAAUGCCACAAACAAUAACGUUCCUAAGGAUAUAUACACACAAGGGGUUAUGAAUUUUGCCACAUCCAUUUCGUCUGGUGGCUUGAAUGUCCCUGAUUAUGUACAAAAUGCUUUUGCCCUUUUUAAUGCUACUUCGAACAUACUGGAUAACGUCGAUUUCAACACUGCUCUCAAACUCAUUGACUUUGCCCAAUCUAGAAACGUCUCAUUUCGCGGAGUAGAUAAUGAAAGUCUAGAUCUUUUGUACAAUGCCUUAAAGUUUCUGCAGUUUCUCUCCACUGUUGGCAAUUCUACAUUAUCGUCACCUGGUGUAGACGGCAUCAUCACUGGAAUGGCAGCUGGCCUAACGGAAGUGACUAGACCAAUGUUUGACAGCGUUCUAAAAAACUUGACGCUUAUCGCUGGUGCAAAUGUCCCUGCAAUGCUUACCGAGGUUCUCGGUACAGGUCCAGAGGAUCUUCAGACAUUCCUUGAAUCAGCCAAUUUAGACGUGCUAAACUUUAACCCAGAAGCUAUGCUAGCGUCUUUGGGUGUUUCGCCGCAAUGUGUCCAGGACCUGGGACUGACAACGAUGUCGUUAACUCAGAGUGAGCUGUGGGCUAUCCAAAUGUUGGACAGCAUGGGAAAGCUUCGGGAAGGGAUCUUGGAAGGAAACAUCUAUUUCCCGGGAUCUUAUGACGAAUGUCUAAAUAUCGUCCCACCUGAAUUUUCAACACAGUAUUGUCUGAUCGAAAUCGGCGUCUCAAUAAUGGGUUAUCCUGCAGCUCUCAAACAGGGUCUGUGUGUUCCUAGCACGUGUAACGAAGCAGAUAUGUUAUUUCUAAUCAAUGGCCUGUUGUCGACAAUACCAGCGGAAGGCUCGUCGACAUAUGCCUCCAAAGCUGUCUGCCGUCGUCCUACAGAAACAAAGUUUGACAUGAAAGCUAUUGUAGCAUUGAGUAUAUGUGGUCUAUUCGUGGCUCUAAUGAUAACAUCGACAGCUUUUGAUUUACUCCGGGGACCAUGCACAACGAAAACAACAACAUUAGACACAUCAGACAAAGACGAAAAGAAACCCAAGACAAUCCACGAGGUGCACGCGCCAAUACCUGCCACGUUUGAGAAGGGUGUAUCGGUUGAAUUUCCGUCUAUCAUUUAUAAAAUCAACUCCGAAGAUGUUAAGGUUCCUGCAGCAGAGCACGAUAUCCCGAAGAUCUACCCGACUGCCCCUACUGAAGAAUCAGAAAUCCCGCCAAAACAAAAACAAAGAGAAUGCAGCGAUGGACUUCUGGUUAAACUAUUUCUGUCAUUCUCCGUGUGGACAAAUGGGAAGAAGCUGCUCAAUACAGAUCAAGGAGGAGCCCUUGGCGCCGUCAACGGUAUCCGGUUUCUGAGCAUGACCUGGGUUAUCUUGGGGCACACCUAUUCAUUUUCGUUCGAAUACGUCCUAAAUAUAAUUCCGUUCUUCUCCGAUAUUCCCUCUCGUUGGACAUUUAUGGUGAUAAUAAAUGGAGUCCUGUCUGUCGACACAUUCUUCACAAUGAGCGGAUUGCUUGUGGCGUAUGUAUUUCUUAAGGAGAUGAAGAAGGCAAAGGGACGAAUUAACUGGUUUAUGUUCUACUUUCAUCGAUUUUGGAGACUCACGCCUCCCUACAUGCUGGUGUUGAUGAUUAGUGCGACUUUGUUCCGCUAUCUUGGUGACGGUCCCGAAUGGCCAAAGGAUGGAUUGGAAAUCGAGUCAUGUGCAACGACAUGGUGGACAAACCUUUUGUAUAUUAACAAUUUUGUGCAUGCAGACAAAAUGUGCUUUGGGGUGGCAUGGUACCUUGCCAAUGAUAUGCAAUUCUACAUACUGAGUCCACUCAUGUUGGUGCCGUUAUACUUCUUUAAGAAAAUAGGUGUGCUUGUGUGCGCUGUUUUCUUGCUGGGAGUGACAGUUACAACUGUGAUUAUCUCUGCUACAAAUAACCUCCCGAUCACGUUUAUCUCCACAACUGACACUACCGAUUAUAUGAUGCUAUAUUACAUCAAACCCUAUUGCCGAAUGGGGCCCUACAUCGUCGGGAUGCUCGCUGGAUACGUACUCUACGAAAAGGGGCUAAAAAUAAAAAUCAAUAAGUAUGUCAAUCUCUUCAUAUGGUUGGUUGCUGCUAUUGUCGCAUGCAUGGUUCUUUACGGCAUCUAUGAGUCAGCAAAUGGUAACCCGGUUGACGUCGGAUUAGCCGCCCUAUACAACGCAACAUCACGAUCCCUGUGGGGCGCAUGCGUAAGCUGGGUGAUAUUUGCAUGUGCCACUGGAAAUGGAGGUUUUGUGAACACAAUAUUGUCAUGGAAAGCGUUCAUACCAUUGGGAAGACUAACGUACUGUGCCUACCUGGUCCAUAUUAUAUUGAUGUACAUGAAUAUCUUUUCGGCGAGACAACAUAUCUAUGCGACCGACAAAACUUUCAUUUACCUGUUUCUCGGCUACCUGGUGAUGUCUUACCUUGUUGCGUUCGUACUCUCUCUUGCUUUUGAAGCACCAAUGAUGGCCUUGGAAAAAGCCCUGUUUCGCCGCGGCGGUGGAGGAAAAACUACAAAAUCCAAAUAGUGAAAAAUGCAUUACUCUUGCAACUGCUUUAGUGAACAUUAACAUUGUCUAAAGAUCAUCAAGUUGUUCGAAAACGGCAAUAAUCGCUGUCAUCAAUAAGAUUUCUAAUAUAAAUGUGGUAUAUAUAUAAUUUCAGACUUACAUUUGAAAGUAGUUCUAUAUCUUCUUUAAUGUUCAAUCAUCAAGUUUUAUUAAUAUGGACAAUCCUUUCAUCUAGGCUAUAUGAUAUCUAGUGCCCCUCAAGGUCCUUGGGAUUAAUACGGUCUCUAUGGCCGUAGGAAAAUGACAAUGUCUCAGCCUCAUGAGUUAUGGCCAAAGAUGUUGAUACUUAUUUGUAGAGCUUGGUCGGUUUCAAUACAUAAUAAUGAAGUCACAUGCUUAAGAGUGCAGCAAGCUACUACUAGCGUGGUUAGAACUUCAUGCUUUUCGAUUAUCUUCAAGAUGAAUUUCCAGAACAAUUUAUAAAUAAGUCAUGAAUACAUAUAAUGGAUUAUUUGUUGAAACCAACUCUUUCUUGUAACCUGCAUAACGAAUGUGACAACAGGUCAAUUUUAAACACAUAAAAUGGUAUUCGACACCCAGUCUCUCCAAAAUUCUUGCAAAUGUUCAACAAAUGUGAAUUUAAUUAUUUAUCACCGGAACCAGACAUUGAGCAUGAGCACAGAACUGUGAGUGUAAGUAAAAUAUCGGUUUAAUGAAAAAGCGCUCCGAUCGCGAUUGUUACAGAUUUGAGCCACAAAGAGGGAUCAAUAUAUAUGUGCUGAGAAAGACGUCUCCUUCCGGUUUAGCACUGAUAAAUAGGCUGAAUAUUUUGUGAUUCCCUUUUAACAUCUGUAUUAACCGUUUUUAUGCUUUUGUAGAAAUACCUUUGUUUUAUUUCCCCCCUCAGAGAAUCAUACAUAUUUACAUCAGAGCGGGCAUAGAAACAUUUAUUUACAUGGUGAUGCCAAUGACGCAGCCGUCACACAAAACCACUCCUAUUUCUGACCGUCAAACCCACAUUUAUCAAUAAAUCUGUAAGUUUAUCAUCUUGUCGUAUUUGUUCUUUUAUAUGAUAAAUUAAAUGUGAAAUGUAAACCACACUUGAAAUGAUAAGCUCGUAGAUGUUUUAUGUUAUAUAAAAUCAAAUUCAAUUUUAUUAAAGUAUUCGUCAAAUCAAGUGUAGAGUUAUAUAGUUUAUUUAGUCAGAACGAAUUUGUUACUUUAAUUAUGUAAGUAUCUGUAUCCACUCGAACUAACUUAUAACCCAACUUUUUGUACGUGUGCGUGUUUGAAAAACGCAAGAGGACACCGACGAGAGAAAUAAAGAGAUAUAUUACAUAGAACAAUCCAUACACUGUUACAAGCAUAGCUGCUCUUAUAAACAUAUACAACUGAAACCUAUGAAACCAACAGCCUAAAUAAAACCAAAAACAGAACCAUUAAACGACAAAGUGAAAUAUUUGAAAUGCAGGUCGUCAAUUUGAUUCAGUGCACUGUUGAGUACACCUUUAUGGGUAAAUUUGGCGAAUGAUUUAACGUAAGGGUGUAAGACAUAUCGAACGAGAAAGUACUCAUUAAAUGACUGUAGACAUUAAUUGGACAUAAAAAAAUCAUGUUACAUGGUAUAUCCCUUUGUGCGAAGAAAGAAACAUAAAAAGCAGUUGAAAAAAGAUAACCUCUUGAGAUUUCCCCUAUUCGAAGGAUUAUGUAACAUAUUUUUACGUUAAUAUCUUUUUUUUUUAUCUAGAUCAUAUGACUGGAGUUGAAUUACUUUCUUCAAAAUCCAUGUCAACAGUUCAUUGUUCAACAUGGCCUGCUUCAUGCCUCUUUCAUUGCGUUUUCAUUUUUUUGUUAUAAUUUCAUGCAUGUGUAGGAAUCUUUAAUACGAUUCAACAAGCUUAUUUCUAAUCUUGCUUAUUUCAAAGUCUCUGCUACAUGAAUUCUAACAGAAGGUGCUUAUGAAUAAAUAUUUCAUAUA